AUGGGAUGGUGGAGAAGGGGGGAGCUUGGCACUUACAUCCUUGGCAUCUUUAGCGUUCGGCGAGGCCGUAGAAAGGAGCCCCAUGGUGACCGUUGCUGAAGAAAAUAAUCCCCUUCAACAAUCACACAGCACCAUAGCAACCAGGACGUCAGCAUGAGACAGCUGCAGGUUACCAUCCUAAUUUCUGUCUUUCCCCAGGAUCUGAAGCAUUUGAGGUGAGAUGGCAAUGUGUGUGCCAUGAGCAGUGAGAACCCUGGACAAAAACAACAGCAGAAAUAUUCCUCAGCAGAGCGACUGCAAAGGAAAAAAAUGUACAAUAUAUUGUACUUCUGUAUGAAAACCUAAACUGAAUUAAUACCCAAAUGUAGGACAUUUCAAAGUAACUGUGAAUGUGCUUCUGAAUACCACUAUCAUGAAUGUUAUAUCAUCCAGAUCUCCUAACGGAAAACUCACCUCAUCUCUGGAUUAUGAUUAGAAGCAGCUCUUUAAAGGAAAGACUUGAAUAUGUUGCUUGCUCAUGACAUGGAUAACAGUGCUGCGCCUUUCCUCACUCCUACCUCAGGACUGCUCCUACAAGAACACCAUCAUGUAGAAGUAUUGAAUCCUCUGACAAGCAAUGAGAUGAAGGAACCUGGGCUUGGGAAAAACAUCACAGCCUUACCUUUUGGAUUGAUGCCAGGAGAAAUUGUAGCCACCAGCCUGCUGUUUGGGCCUUUGUGGUUGCUCUCUGUCUUUGGAAACUCUCUGGUUUGCUUGGUGAUCCACCGGAGCAGAAGGGCCCAAUCUACUACCAAUUACUUUGUGGUAUCCAUGGCCUGUGCAGAUUUACUCAUCAGUGUAGGGAGCAUGCCCUUUGUGCUCCUUCAGUUGGCUUCUGGGAGAUGGAUGCUUGGGAACAUGAUGUGCAAGCUAGUCAGAUAUUUUCAGUAUCUCACACCUGGUGUUCAGAUUUAUGUGUUGCUUUCCAUCUGUGUGGACAGAUUCUACACUAUAGUCUACCCACUGAGCUUCAAAGUGUCUCGGGAAAAAGCCAAGAAAAUGAUUACAGCAUCCUGGAUUUUCAAUGCAGCACUGGUAUCUCCGGCGUUCUUUUUUUUCAGGUCAGGCUGGGACAAUCAUUGUAAUUUUUUCCCUCCACAUGCCUGGGAAGGGACUGUUUACAGUGUCAUCCACUUAUCAGUGGCUUUUCUGAUCCCGUCAGUUCUUAUCAUUCUCUUUUAUCAAAAGGUCAUCAAAUAUAUUUGGAGGAUAGGAACAGAUGGUAGAACAGUUCGAAGAACAAUGAAUAUUGUUCCAAGGACAAAGGUGAAAACAAUCAAGAUGUUUCUCAUGUUAAAUCUAAUUUUUCUGCUGUCAUGGCUCCCAUUUUAUGUGGUCCAACUUUGGCAUCCACUUGAGACAAACGACAGAAAGAGCUCCUUGGUUUUUGUGUCAGUCACAUGUCUGUCCUUUAGUUCCUCUGCCUCAAAGCCUACCUUGUACUCCGUGUAUAAUGCCAACUUCAGGAGAGGGAUGAAGGAGAUCUUCUGCAUGUCCUCCAUGAAAUGCUACCGAAGCAAUGCCUAUACCAUCACCACCAGUUCAAAGAUAGCUAAAAAAAAUUACAUUGGGAUCGCAGAACUACCUGCACCAGCCAAGACUCUUUCCAAAGACACUAUAUAUAAGUCAUUUGAUAGAGAAGCAAAAGAGAAAAAACUAGCCUGGCCAAUUAAUUCAAACCCCCCAAAUACGUUUGUCUGAUCAAUUAGUUCUAGUUUCAACCACUGUUGUGUAUAAUCAGAUCAAGAGACUUCAUCCAUGACUCUGAACAAAUGAAUAGGUCAGGGGAGAUGCAUGCAAUUUAGCAGGGACAAUAAAUGUUUUAUUUUAUUAAAUGCAUUGAUUUUAUUGUAUACUAGAUUUUUCCCCCCCAUUUAAAUCACAGCCUGCGUUAGAACUAUUGUCCUAGCAGGCAUGGACAACCACAUCAAACUUUUGUGCUCUCUGUAUUUAAGUUCAUUUUGUAAAAACUGAAGAAUAUCUAUAAAUCAGGCAAUUAUGUAAAAAGGGAAAAGAGCAGAUCCGUCAAGAGCAAUGCUGCAGAACAAUUGUUUAUGCCAAGUUGGAAAAGUGAACAGACACACUCCAACGAUUUCUAUUUACCAAAGGUAAAUUCUUCUUUCCAGGGUCAGCUUGGUAAAACACUGCCCCACCUUUGCCCUGUUAUGGCAUCAGGGGAAUCUGCUAAAGAAAUGCCUUUUAAUGUUUUGGUGGUGUACACACACAUGUAUUGGAGCAAUCUGAAUGUCAGCCUCCUUCCCUGGAUCUUCUGAAGCUGAAGAUCUAAGGGCAAGUUGAUACCUCUUGACUUUAACACACAUAGUUGUGAAAUGCCAAUGCCCUGCUUCCCAUUCCUAUAAUUGCCUUUGUUGACAAUAAAUGCUGCUGACUACAUUUGACGUUCAGCUCCUCUUUCAGUAAAACCAGAUCUCCUGUUAAGGCAAACAUCCCACUGAAUAUUCUUAGCACAGCCUUGUGAUCAGCUUAUUAACAUGGCCCAAUUCAGGACCGCAAAGGCAUGUUGCAGACGGCUUGUGGGCAAGAACCUUGCAAUUGGAGGCAGGCAGAUUUAUGAUUUUGGACUGCUGAGGGAAUUUUAAGAAUCAUAACCCCCCAAAACACCAAGUCCCCACACUUCAACUUGCAAUAUACUGGAGGAAAGCCAUGUCGUCCUUGUAUACAAUCCCAAAGCAAGUGGAGAAGGAAGGGGUGUGUGUGAUACAUCUAUUAGACCACCACCCCCCAAAAAAUGCAAAAAACCCCAGUAGUUUUCAUUCCAUACACCUGCAAGCAUGAGGGCCAACUGAGGUCACCUUCUUCCUCCAACCGCUAGGUCAUGUUCUUAAUUUGGUUGUUAUUAGCUUACCUAGUGGGUAAACUGUAUUUUUUCCUGACUUCUCUGAUAGGUUUGCUACGUUUUGAUGUUGCCGAAGAGAAGGAACUUUUGUUUCAACGUAAGGCAAAGAGGGUGGGGAAUGCAGAGUGGCUGGCAGUCUUAUUUCUAACAAUUAAUUUAAGCCCAGCACUCCUGGCUUAAUGUUGCAGCCUUCCCUUUUGAAUCUGGCAUAGACUUCUACCCAUGAUUUUUCGAAAAUCUUUAAUUUUUACUGCACCAUCCACAGACAAGAUGGAUGAAGGCCUGUAUGGUCCAAAAGCUAGCAUUUGUUUGUGGUUUCAUUGGUGCUCUAAUAGAUGUAUCACACUCACACCUUUGCCUUUGACUUUUCCACUUGCAAUAUGUUGUCAUUAACUACCCUUAGUGUGCAUGUAAAAAUCACAAAUAUGCCAGGAUAUCUAAUUUAAUCUUUGAAGUGUGGAAGGGUAUGAAAAACCUUUCAUCAGUUUGCCAUUUUACUACUGUUGUACACAUCCAAAACACAGUUCUCUUUAUUUUCCUCGUCUACUUUCUGUAAUGCAUCACAACAUGUUAUAUUUGCUUAUUUCUAGAGAAAUAUUUAUGAAGAAGCUAAAUGGCUUUUGUUAUUAUAGAUGGGUAAAGGGAGGUCCCAUCUAUUUCAGGAAACCCCUAGGUGGACACAAAAUGUCUCUCUGCAUCUUCCAUCGCCACUGGAUCUCUUUUGUAGACAACUGGGACAUUGUCAGAGUGAAAUAUAGUUUUGCACCCACUACAACAGUGCACCUUGCUAUUGAUUCCAUCUUCUGAGUAUCAGUUGUAAUAAUUCAUUUACAUGGAAGAAGGUUAAGGGAUAUAUUUAGAGGCACAGGCUGGCAGCAGAGUCGUCGUUCAAGUUGGUCAAUAUAAGUGGGCAUAUCUGCAGUACAGAUUCUAUUGAGUUAGCUUGCCAUUUCCCCUCCUUGGGGGGCUCGGAGGACUGUUCUUCUGUGGCAA